AUGGACGCAAACAAGGCUUUCGAUGCCGAGAAGGGCUUGUCCCAGACCAUCAGCGAGUCUCCCGAGUAUGAGAUUCAGUCUGGUGAGCAGAAUGAACUCAAGCGCUCGCUCAAGAACAGACACAUGCAGAUGAUUGCUAUUGGUGGUGCCAUUGGGGCUGGUUUUUUCGUCGGGGCCGGCGGAGCCCUUAGUACCGGAGGCCCUGCAUCGUUGAUCAUUGGUUUCUCAAUCAUUGGUAUCAUGUUGAUGGCAACCAUGCAAGCUUUGGGAGAGCUGACUGUUCUGUACCCCGUCAACGCUNAUGCUUGCCGCUUCAUCUCCGAGUCAUGGGGUUUUGCUAUCGGUUGGCAGUACGCCAUUCAAUGGUUGACUAUCCUUCCCUUCGAAUUGACCGCUGCUUCCAUCACAAUCAAAUUCUGGAAAGAAGCAGCUAACAUCAACAUCGGUGUCUGGAUCGCCAUCUUCCUUGUCCUUCUUGGCGGUGUUAACUUUUUAGGCGUACGUGCCUACGGUGAGGUCGAAUUCGUCCUCUCCAUCAUCAAGAUCCUGGCAUGCAUCGGUUUCAUCAUUCUCGGCAUUGUCAUCGAUGUUGGUGGCGUUCCCACCGACACUCGUGGCUACAUCGGAGUAUCUUAUUGGCAAGACGGACAGGCCUUCCGCAAUGGCUUCAGGNGCUUCUGCAGUGUCUUCGUCACUGCCUCUUUCGCCUUCGGUGGUACUGAGUUGGUCGGUCUCGCAGCCGCUGAAUCCGCCAACCCCAGAAAGGCUCUCCCUCAGGCUGUCAAGCAGGUCUUCUGGCGUAUCGCUUUCUUCUACAUCGUCGGCCUCUUCAUCCUGGGUCUCGUUGUUCCCGCUAGCAACCCCAACCUCCUCCACGCUCACGGUGCCCACUCUCAGUACUCUCCCUUCGUCAUUGCUAUCCGUCUCGCUGGUAUCAAGGUCCUCCCCUCCAUCUUCAACGCCGUGAUCACUGUUUCCGUCAUCAGUGUCGCCAACAGCUCCGCAUUCGCUUCUACCCGCACCCUCCAGGCUCUUGCUGCUCGUGGCAUGGCUCCCAAGUUCCUCGCCUACGUCGACAAGAAGGGUCGUCCCAUCCCCACUAUCAUCCUUCAGAUGUCCAUGGGUCUUCUUGCCUUUGUCAACUUGGCAGCUGCCGGCGACGUUCUCUUCACCUGGCUCUUGUCCCUCACCGGUCUUGCCAACUUCUUCGUCUGGGGUAGCAUCAACCUUUCCCACAUCCGUUUCCGCAAGGCUUGGGCACACUCUGGUCGCACUGUCGAGCAGCUCCCCUACAAGGCCAAGUACGGUGUCAUUGGCAGUUACAUUGGUCUUUUCCUCAACGUCAUCUGUCUUGUUGCUCAGUUUUACGUCGCCCUCUUCCCCAUCGGUGGCAAGCCUGACGCUGCCAACUUCUUCGAGUCCUACCUCGCUGGGCCCGUUAUCUUCACUCUGUACGCUGGUUGGAAGAUCUGGACCCGCGAGUGGAAGCUGUGGGUCAGCGUCGCUGACAUGGAUGUCACCACUGACAUGCGCGAGUUCGCUGAUGAUGAUGAGGAGGAAGUCAAGGCCACUGGCAUUAUGGCCAAGGUCAAGUCCGUCACCUCCGCUUUCUUCUAA